AUGGAUUCCAAAACCAUAAAAAUUAUUGAUGGUGUGGUCACAAUGGGGAAUGUGAGCAAACUCACUACUCCAACUCAAACCAUUUGCAAAAUUAACCAAACCCGUUACUUUGUUCUCUUGUAUGAAGUUGCUUUUGAAUUUCUUGCUACUUUUGGGUUUUUCCUUCAGUUAGCUUGGAUGUUUUGGGUUUCUCCUUCAGUUAGCUUGGAUGUGUAUAUAUACAUACUUGAAUGUAAAAUCAAGAAUAGUCUGUAUACAUCUGGACAGAUUAUCCGUAAGGGGAUUUGGCAUCUAAGCAUUUUCUACAAUGAACAUUAA